UCUCAGUGGCCGCGGAAGGUGACGUGGACACGGAAGUGGUCGUCGUCGCGGCGGCACCGGUGGGAGCUGGGCGCGGGGCUCCGAGUGCGGCCGUCGGGCGGACGGGCGGGGACGGUCUCGCACCUGCGGCGGCGGAGGACGAAGGUGUUGUCGGUUGGGUGCGAGUCCGCUGAGCCCACGAGCGGCUUCUCAGGCCUUCUCCUGCCCGUCGGAGCCCCGGAGCUGGGACCUGUUUAGCCGGCGUCACCAUGACCAAGGCCGGUAGCAAGGGCGGGAACCUCCGCGACAAGCUGGACGGCAACGAGCUAGACCUGAGCCUCAGCGACCUGAAUGAGGUCCCGGUCAAGGAGCUGGCUGCCCUCCCAAAAGCCACCAUAUUGGAUCUGUCCUGCAAUAAACUGAAUACUCUACCGACGGAGUUCUGUGGCCUCACACACCUGGUGAAGCUGGACCUGAGUAAGAACAAACUGCAGCAGUUGCCGGCUGACUUUGGCCGUCUGGUCAACCUCCAGCACCUAGAUCUUCUCAACAACAGGCUGGUCACCCUGCCUGUCAGCUUCGCUCAGCUCAAGAGCCUGAAGUGGCUGGACCUGAAGGAUAACCCCCUGGAUCCUGUCCUGGCCAAAGUGGCAGGGGAUUGCUUGGAUGAGAAGCAGUGUAAACAGUGUGCCAACAAGGUGUUACAGCACAUGAAGGCCAUGCAGGCGGAUCAGGAGCGAGAGAAGCAGCGGCGGCUGGAAGUGGAACGAGAGGCUGAGAAGAAGCGGGAGGCCAAGCAACGAGCUAAGGAGGCUCAGGAGCGGGAACUGCGGAAGCGGGAGAAGGCAGAAGAGAAGGAGCGCCGGAGAAAGGAGUACGAUGCCCUCAAAGCAUCCAAGCGGGAGCAGGAGAAGAAACCUAAGAAGGAAACAAAUCAGGCCCCGAAAUCUAAGUCUGGCUCUCGGCCCCGUAAGCCGCCGCCCCGGAAACACACCCGGUCCUGGGCUGUGCUGAAGCUGCUGCUGCUGCUGCUGCUGUGUGUGGCUGGCGGGCUGGUGGUUUGCCGGGUGACAGAGCUGCAGCAGCAGCCCCUCUGCACCAGUGUGAACACCAUCUACGACAAUGCGGUCCGGGGUCUGCGCAGCCACCACAUCCUCCAGUGGGUCCUGCAGACCGAUUCCCAGCAGUGAGCUUGUCCUCAACACCUGCUGCCUCCCAGCCUUGGAGCUUGGAUUCCUAUGGAAUUGGGUUCUGCUGGACACAACCUCUUUAGGGUCAGACCUACCUGCCAUCAUCAAAUGGCUGCUGAUUGGUACUUGAGACCUCGUUUGUAGGACUUCUUUGUUCCUUAGUCAGGGUUCCCUGGUGGAAUAAGAAGUAGGAGGUGGGGAGAGGAACAAACCUGCAUGCCUAAAGGAAUAGGCUUGGGGGUGGGGAGAGGAACAAGCAUAGCCUUUUCUAGUUGUUAUACAAAGCUGUGCAAAGGCAAGGCUCAUUUCUACUAAAUGGUCAGCUGUUCACAACAUUUAUACUUUUGUAUGUCACAAACCCUUUCUUUCAUUCCUUCCUGGGUAGCCAGGGCAGAUCAGGAGGCAGUGUGUUAUUGGGGACUAGGGGAGCACCAUACUCAGCAAAUCUAGCCUGAAUUGGGGGGAGGGGCAUACCUAUUUUCUUAAGGACCUCAGACAUUCAUUUUAAUGACCAUACAAAAUCUCAGGCUCUGAAAGGGACUUCAGGACCAUCCAGUCCAAUAGGACACUCGCAGAUGAGGAGGCCUUCCAUGACUUGCUUAUGGUCGGUCUCCCAGCUAGUUUGAGGCAGAGCUGGACUCCCACUCCGGUAUCUUUCCUUCCCAUCAUUUUGCCUUAUGUCCUGAGAGAACAGAACGCACAACAGAAUUGAGUCUCUCUCAGCUGGAGUGUGAAAUCUUUCAUGUAGACAGAUCCAUGACCCACAAACAGAAAUCUCAUAGCCAUGAGGGUCUUGGGCAGCUCCUGAGGAGUCCUGCCCCAGCUUAUGUGGCUUCCGUAAAACCGGGAUGGCCCAGGCUCCUUGCCUCGAUUUUAGAGCAUUAACUUCCCAACUGCCAAUAAACAAGGCAGACCCUUGCAGAGCCACACUGUGACAGCUCUGUUAGUAGUUGGUGUGACUACCUCAAAGACAUCCUGCAAACUCAAGUAUCACAGACUGAGGUUUAGAAUUAUUUGAUUCUAGACCUAGGAUUAUACCCUAUGCAGUGAAGGGAAACAAGUAGCAUCAUGGCAUUUAAAAACGGUGCAGGAACUGCAGUGACUGGGGCAAAUAAGGGCAGGACUGCCAUUCUGUCUGCCAGAGUAAGCAUUUUCUUGCUCAAGUGGCCUCCUCUGCUUCAUCUUUUCACAACAGCUGAAUGAAGGGAUUAGAAACGGCCAUGUCAUGGUGCUUAUUCACUGAAAUCGCCCGAUUGCAAGCUCCUUGCCUCUCCCCCAGAAGAGCAAGAACCUGUCAUGGUUCAGAGAUAAAGAGGAUGGGGUCCAACUUUUUUAGCUAUAGUGGCCCAGUUGGGUAGGACUGCCAUGCGUAACUGUCCUGAUACUGGAAGAAAUGACUUCUCCCCCAAGGAUAGCGCUGCUGCAGAGGCCCACACCUCACUCAGAAUCACUACAUAUUCCUUUAGUCUUCCUCUAAGCUCCAGAGCCAUUGGUACAAAUGCUUUAUUGAAAUUAAACACAUAAUAUAUAAAAUGAGAUGAGAAUACAGAAAUCGGCAUAGUGAUCAGACCCCUGGCUGGCUGAGGCAGCCUCAGUGGGUCGGAGGGAAGCUGGAGCACAUCUAGCCUUGUAAAGCCAACCCACCGAGGGUAGUUCACUCAUGAUCUCAAGAUUUGAUGCUGAGGUUCUUUUGGAUUUCUACAAUGAUUAAAUACGUGUCUGAGUGGUC